UAGAAUACCAAAAAUGCAAAUUUUACAUUAAAAACAAAUGUACUUUAAAAUCUCAAAUUUACUAUAUUAAUUAUGAAAGAAUACAGCGGGAUUGUCACCAGUACUCUUGUCAUAGCAGGUCUACUCCUAAAUGGAUCAACAAUAUUGCUUUUAGUUGUGAAACCUAAUCUCCGAUCGCCUUCGAAUAUGCUUCUAGCCAGCUUGACUUCCUCAAACUGCAUUUUAUGUGUUUUAGUACUACCUGUUCGUUUAGCAAAUAUUACUGGUUCAAUAAAAACAAUGGAUGGAAGAGGGUGCGAUAUAUUCGGGUUUUUUUCACAACUUUGGUGGAAUUCAAACUCAUUAACUUUUAUGUUUAUAUCAUAUGAUAGGUAUCAGUUUAUCUCAAAAGCAAUUUUAUACAAAAGUUUGGCUACAUCCGCCAAGGUAUACCUAUUUAUCGGAGUUACUUGGCUGAUUUCAGUUAUUUUUUCGUUGUUACCUGUUUUUGGCUGGAGUUGCUACAAAUUUAUUGAAGAUGAACAAUUCUGUGGUGUAGAAUGGGGAAAAAGUCGUUCAUUUGAUAUAACAACACAAUCAAUUUCGUUUAUUAUGCCGUGUCUCGUAAGUUGUUAUUGUUACGGUCAAAUUAUAUAUAAUGCACAACAAAGCAAACAGCGAGAGAUGACCUGGCCUUCCGUUCAAAAUAUAAUAAGUAUUCCACAACAAAGAAAACUACCAGAGACAGUAUGGCCAUCGGUUCAAAGUAUACAAAAUAAAAAAUUGAUUGCAUGCAAACCAAUAAAAACAAGCAUUAUUAUAAUAAUAAUGUUUUUGAUAAUAUAUCUACCGUAUAUUAUCGUAAGACAAUUUCACGAGCUUAUAAACAAUAAAAUAGCUGUGAAAAUCACAGCAAAUCUUUUAUUUUUUUCAGUAGUCGUAUUUCCGUACUUGUUUGUGUAUCGUAAUCGAUUAUUGCGUAAAGAGAUGCAAAAACUUUUUAAAAGAGUUCUAAACCGCGAUGUCCGUCAAAUUCAUCCCUCUGUUGAUAUAAACGAAAAUGAUUACUUAGAAAAUGUUUCAAGAAGAAAUAGUCGUUCUGAAUCAAUAGAAAACAAUCGAAGGUGUUCAACUGAUCACAGUCUAUCAUCUAUACAAAUAAAUCGCAAAUCUUCGGAAGAUACAUCAAGACGUUGCUCGCUAGAAAUGUCCCGAAGAUGGUCAUCUAAUAUUAUAUUCGGAACGAAUAGAAGAGAGUCGGGUAAAUCUGAAAUGACGACUGUAGAUAGUUAAUGCAAAAAAAAACAACAACAAAGCUUUUCUAAUAUCGAAAACAAAUAAAACUAAGAGUAAAUCAAAAUGCAAUGUAAACUACCGCCUAACAAAAUUUUUAAACUAAA